AAUGAAAAUAUGAAUAUGAAGGGAAUAAAGCCAUAAUUACAUACAGUAAUUACAUUCAUCUAAUGGGGAAAAGAACAACAAUUCAUUUCAUUUUAGGAACAUAAAGUUACUAAAACAUGAAGUUUUUAAAGGCCAAAUUAGGUUGAGGGAAAAAGUUCUGAUAUUGUGUGAAGAAAGUCAAAAUAUUAUUGAAAUGAAGUCACAGCGCUUUGAGUGCCUUGGAGGUGGGAGUGAAAGACCAUCAACUUAAUAUUUUCAUAAGAUUCUUGGUGGCAUAGCGUUGAAAUAUUACAGAAAAAAUACUUUCUUUUUGUCAAACAUUUAAUAUUACGAAACACAAACAAAACAACUCAUAAUGUUGUCAUUUUUGGAAAAUUAGAGUGGGUAAAAAGUUAUAAUAAUGCCAGAAUGAAAUAAAGCCAUAAUUACAAGAAGGAACAUUUGAAAUGGAUAGUUGACCUACUUGAACAUAUAAUAACAAAAUACAUAUUAAGAGAAAAAAAGUUGUAAUCAAAUUAGAAAGAAAACCAACUUGUCUAUAGUGGCCACUAGAGGGAGACUGCAAAAGUGGCCGCUAUAGACAGGUGGCCUCUAUAGACAGGUUGGCGUCCAGUUUGAAUGUUGACCAGUAGAGGGGAAAAAAAGAAAAAAAAGGGGAAAAAUAAUAAUGUUGACCAGUAGAGGGCACUGUGGGACUGCGGAUAAAAGUUGUACAGCACUACUAGGCUUGUUAUUAUCCACGACCCACAGAACAAAGCUGUGCUAGUAAUGUCUUACGCUUGUUUUUAAUAUUUUACUUUUUAUACGGCAGAGUGUCAUUACAGCUUUAGUUCAUCAGGAAGUGACGGGAAGUGACGAAGGGGCGUCCCGGCAGGAGAGCUAGGCUCAGUGCUAGCUGUGAGUUUGGAGAGAGUUGGGAAGUGUGUUUAUGUUGGCGUGGAUGUAAAGUCCUGCAGUGUUCUCCGCUGUUAAUAAAGCCAUUAAAGUGCAUCGGCGACGUGAGUCUCUCCUUCCCCACAACAAGCGGCAUUACAGUAUUGACCAGUGCACACCAGGAAAUAAACGGUGUCACUUGUUACAGGCAUUGGCUGGACAGCUAUGUAGUGGGGCUUGUUUAACCUUUGCCUUGUGGGCAAGCAGGAAGGAGAGACGAUGCUGAGAGAUGUGUGUGUGUUCUGAGCUGCUGUCUGGUGGCCGCGUUCAAUAAAUAAAGUUGGCAGAAGCAACAGGAGAAGUUUCCUUCUUUGCUUCGGAGCUGAAUAACACUGACAAGUUAACAGACUAGUAGCGAACGGAAAAGAAGACGGCUUUGUUUGUGUCGAAUACAGAAGAUGAGGACUUUGAUGGAUUUGUGGAUGAGGAUUGAUGAAAAAUAACUGCUUGGUCAUGCAGAGACAACACGUCAUUGUGUUCCUCCUGCUUUCACUGUUGGACUCCUUCCUGACUGGGAAUCAACCGUGUGAAAAGGAGACUGACUGUCCCUCAGGAAACCAAGUGGUCUUAGGUUCAAAUAUGACAGAAAUCCCUCGUACACUAAGCCCAGGUGUGACUGAAGUUUUCUUUCUGAACAGCCAGAUCAAAACCAUCCCCGCAGCAGCCUUUGUGGAAAACACUCACCUGGAAAAGGUGGAGUUCCUGAACACCAACACAACCAUUAUUGAGCCGGGAGCUUUUGAAGGUCUGGUAAAAGUCAAGUACGUUGAAGUCUCUGGCACGCUGCUAGAGUCUAUCCCAGUGGGAGUCUUCACAGGGCUCAGCAAUCUGGAGAAAAUCAUUCUAAAGUCCAACAAGCUCCGUCACGUGCCCAAAGGUUUGUUUGAUGGCCUUCAGAAGCUACGAGAGCUCCAGUUGCACAGCAAUGAGAUUGACUCCAUUGAAGACGGGACGUUUGAUGAGCUGGAGAACCUCACAACACUCCAUCUCGCUAAAAACAACCUGUCCGCAGUGUCAACCAGCUGGUUCUCGAAGCUGACCAAACUGCAAACACUUCGGCUUUAUGAAAAUCAGCUGGCCGCCAUCCCUGAGGACAUUUUUUAUCUAUUACCGAAUUUAAAAGAAAUGGCUUUGCAGGGCAACAAAAUAACCAAGUUGUCUCCCAAUCAGUUUCCACAUAAAGACAAAGUCACAAAGCUUCUCCUGGAUGACAAUCUGCUGACAAAAAUACCAGGAGACUUCUUCGUGGGCUUCCCAAACCUUAAAACGCUGACGCUGCAGAAGAACCAACUGACCAGUCUUCCAGCUGAGCUCUUUGGAGAAAUGAAAAUGACAGAUUUUAGCCUCAGUCAAAAUCAACUGAAUGAUCUCCCAAGCGCGAUAUUCAGCCCCCUGAAGAAACUGAAGAAGCUGGAUCUGUCAAAGAACCGCUUUGCUGCUUUGUCGGCUGACUACUUCGAAGGACUGGACAAACUUGCCGUUUUGAAUCUGCGCAACAACACCAUAGAGUCGCUGGGUUUUGACGUGUUUGAGAAGGUUCCAUCUCUCAGCACACUCGACCUGUCCCGCAACAACCUCCAAACGCUACCUGAGGACAUUUUUGAACCUUUACCAAAACUCACCAAGGUUUACCUCAAUGACAAUCCCUGGAAGUGCGACUGCAACCUUGUACCUCUCCAUGUCUGGAUCAAGGCCAACCCUCAGCUUGUUCCCAACGCAGUGGUGUGUAUGUAUCCAGAACACCUUAAAGGACAGGAGAUCAGGUCUUUGACAGAGGAGGAACUGAUUUGCCUCACAGCUCCCGCCACAACCGCUGUGUCGCUGACGGCGACAACACAACCGAUCCUCACGACGACACGACUUCCACUGCCGACCUCGGCAGAACCAACCGCCAUCCUCACAACCACAACCUUCACACCUACAACACCUUCAACGACACAACCAAGCACAACUCUUCCAGCCGCAACUACAACCACUCAUCCUACCACCGUCCCGACCACACCAGUCGUCACAACAACACAAAUGGCAACCACACCCACGACCAUUUUAACAACGGCUCCUCCACUGACCACAAUAAAACCCACUUUACAGAUAACAGCAGCUUCAACCACAACCCUGCUACCAACAACAGUUGUUGUCACACUGGCACCAACUACAAUCACGACAGCUGGAACGACAACCUCACCUAGCACCGCUCCGACGACGAUUCCAGGGAUCACCACAGCAAUGGCUAGAAAUACACCCACGGCCGCAAAGGAUGUGAUUUCCACCUGUCCCGUGGAGCCUCGUCACCCGUCGCCAACACUGGACGACACAAAAGUGGCAAAUCGCUGCAAAUCUCAGGCAACUGUGUACACCGUUCUGCUGCUGGCGGAGCUGUCCUGCACAGUAGCGCUGACAAAGGUCACCGUGUCUUUGUGGCGCUUGCUGCAGCGCAGCGAAAGGUCAAACAAGGUCAAACUCACAAGUUUCUCCUACAGGAAAGAAGUCAUCCUAAGGCCUGUGUGGGAGACAGAGACCAGAGGCCUUUAAGCAGCUUAAACCAAGGGUGUCCAAAGUGCUGCCAGGGGGCCAUUUACGGUCCACGGAUUGUUUUUAUUUGGCCAUAUUGUAAAAAAUAGCAAAAAUGGGAAAAAUAGAAAAAAACACCACAAUGUAAAGAGAAAACGGUGGAUACUAGUAACUCAUAAUAACACAAAACCUUCAUUUUAAAUAUACACGACUCUCAAAAAAUUAGGGCUGAAUUUGGCGGCAUCACUCUCAGUUUUUCUAAAUAUAUUGAGGAAUAAAUCACUGCUGUUUUGUGGUUGACUACGGCCAAUUAUUAGUAAACAAGCAAUCUGACAUAUUUUUGGUCUAAAUGAAGCAGUUUCAAGGAUGGAAAUGACUAAAUGAACUCAAAUACAACUGUAACACAUUCAGAAGAAGCAGUCAAAGAUGUUCUGAUGACACGUAGUAUUCUGCACUGGUCACCAGGUGUCAGUAAUGUUACAACGCUCCCAAUGCUUGUGUGAGUCGACAGUAUAUUAUGUCUUAUUAUGUUUUAUUUUCUCUUAUUAUGCUACUAUAUUGGGUAAUACCAGUGUAAGGUGAAUAUAGGGGUGUUAUUUCAUGUCUAGAGGGCUCUAGACAAAAAUAUUCUACAAAACUACAACACCAUAACUACAAAAAUAUUCCAUUUAUAAAUAAGGGAUCCUACUUUGGGGUCUGGUCUGAUUAACUGCGAUAAAGGAGGGAUGACUGUAUUCGGCUUGAAAUUUCUGGAUGAAGCUAAAAUGCACGAUAACCUUUACAUGUGAAUGUAAUGCACAUGUCCAACUGUUCAAUGUUUCACUACUUUUUAUGCAACUUGCUGUUCUCUAACAAGCUUUUUUUUACAUUUUUUUAAAUACAAAAUGUAAAAUAUGUACACAAUAUCAAAGUCCCCCCCCACAAACUUUGAUUCCUCAGUGGGAAAUAAAAAAAGUAUGUGGCCCUCAGUGUCCUUUCUGAACUACCGUAUCGUGGUGGACUAGUCUGCGUGUCCGAUGAUCCUUGGAGCUAAGUUGGUGGGGGCUUUUAGGCCCCUGUAGAGCCACCCAAGACAAACAGCUGCUAGGCGAGGGACCAGACGAAGCGUAGCUGAAAUAGGCCCCCAUGAAGCACUGGUGCAGUGUGAUCUGAUAAGAUAUGAUUUGGAUUCCACACAACUAUCCAUGGACUAGUAAAAAAAGAAGAAUCGGGCCAAUCUUCUGGACUGCACCACUUAGUGUGUUUCAGCAGGGGGAGCCAGAGACUCACAAUACUUUGGUGUUCCGCCGUGAACAGCUGGACCCUUGAGCAACACCUGACUGCAGGAAUAGAAUAUAUUAUAUAUAUAUUGUUGUUUAAGAAUAUAAAUAGAGGUUGUUUGGGAUUCGAAUCCGGCUCAGACCUCCCUGUAUGGUCUUUGCACGUCCUCCCCCAGUCCCAAAACAUGCACGUUAGGUUCAGUGGAGACUGAAUUCAAAUGAGGGUGUGGGCAGUUGUUUGUAUGUAGAUGUCCUGUGACCCGGAAUCACAUGGUCUGUCGGGGCAAGUGGUAGUUCUCAAAUGAAGUAAACAAUUCAUGAAGGCAUAUCCCUGGAAGGACGCACAGACCUCUACAGGUUAGAUAAUGGCACCCUGACUGCUUUUAGGUAUCGGGAUGAAAUCCUUGGACCCAUAGUCAGAACCUACGCUGGUGCAGUGGGACCUGGGUUCCUCCUGGUCCACGACAAUGCCCGACCUCAUGUGGCUAGUGUGUGCAGGUAGUUCCUGGAGGAUGAAGGAAUUGAUACCAUUGAUUGGCCCCCACGUUCACCUGACCUAAACCCAAUAGAACACAUCUGGGACAUUAUGUUUAUGUCCAUCCGACGCCGCCAGGUUGCUCCUCAGACUGUCCAGGAGCUCAUUGAUGCCCUGGUCCAGAUCUGGGAGGAGAUCCCCCAGGACACCAUCCGUAGUCUCAUUAGGAGCAUGCCCCGACGUUGUCAGGCAUGCGUACAAGCACGUGGGGGCCACACAAACUACUGAGAAUCAUUUUGAGUUGCUACAAUGACAUUUUAGCAAAAUGGACCAAUGUGCUGCACCAUUUUUUCACUUUCAUUUUUGGGGUGUCUUUGAUUUCCCCCCCUCUAUAGGAUGAUCAUUUUCAUUUCUAUCGAAUGAUGUGGCAUCAUUUUGUUACUAAUACAUCACCCACUUAUUAUCAGGAAACAUAUUCAACAUCAUUUUUCCCCCAGUUUAGAUCUGAUGUGUUUUCCAAGUGUUCCUUUCAUUUUUUUGAGCAUUGUAUAUAUAUAUAAAUAAAUGCCAAAGUGCCCCCCCCCCCGUUUUCUUUUCUCUUCUUCUCUGUCCCCUCCUGCUCCGGUCCGGACGCUCCAAAUUUGCAUAACAACAAGCAUCCAAGUCAGAUAAAUUGUGUAAAAGAGGGGAAGUGCGUAUCUCACUUCUCCCUGGCAGAGUACAUCUGGUGAGCACGUGAGGGUGUUUAGAUCUACAAUUCUAUCUGCCUUAAAGGCUGGACAGGACAGGGCAAAAAAAACAAAGUGGCCCCCGGCAUCCUUUGAUUUUCUGUAUGCUAUGUCUAAAGGAAUAUGUACCAAAAUCUGAGAAAUAUGACAUCAAAAAAGUGAAAUAAUUUGCCAAAGCACGUUAAAUGAGUCAGAUGGUGUGGGGAGGGUGCCACACCAAACGCUGUAAGAUGGAAUGUCAUAACACGACGAGCGCCUGUCCUUGCAUUGGACGUGACUGGAGCUGCAACAGUCGAUGAAGCCAGUUAAUCCAGCAUUGGACUGAUGGUUUCUGGAAGAAAAGAUGUGAACAUCGUGUGAUUCCAGCCUGUCAAAUGUGAACAUGGAUGAACUUCCUUGGCCACCCAUGAAAGCGAAGCUGUUAUGUUUGUCACAUGUUCACACUCAUCAGCUGUGACUUUAGAAAACACUCAUGGACAUUUUUGCCUCUUUUGUGAUACGCUGCGGACCGGAGCAGUGGUGUUGACUCGGUCCAUGUAGGACAUCACCCUUUACUGGAUGAAUGGAAGCAGCGACCUUGACAUUGCUGGAGUGAGAAAAGACAGAGAGACGGGGGUGUCAUUGCCUUCAUGAGCAGUUUCAUCUUUGCUUUGAUGACGAGGCAUCCGUGGGCGAGUGCGACACCAGAGAAUGUCUACUUUUAUGGGCAAAGGCAUUUGGCUCCUAAUUGGCCAUUUGCAAUGAGUCUUUCUCCUUGGUUCUUUCAACCCCCCACGGCUGAGUGCACUGUGGUUCGGAAACCGGGAAUAGAGUCAUUGGAAUUGAGUAUAAAGUGGUUUAUCUGUCACCUACAGAGU